AGUAUUACUACUACGAAUCUACACUAUCUACACUACACUACACUACACUGCAGUAUAAGUACAAGUUCAAGUGCAAGUGCAGUUUGUUUUAACGAUGGAUGAAAAUGAAUAUGAAAUCAAAUCUCCAAUAAAAAGACUUGGAUCCACUCGAAAAUUGCUGAUCUUUAACAAUAUACGUUUGCAACUCAACGAGCAGUUACGAUGUUUGGAUGUACGAAUGGAAGCCCAAGUGGCUUUAGUUACAGAAUUACAAGAUUUUUUUCGGAGGCGAGGUGAACUAGAACUUGAUUAUUCAAAGAACUUGGAUAAAUUAGCUAAAUCUUUACAAUUACGUCAUAAGGAACAGAAACAAAAACGAGAACAUUGGCCAUUAUUUUCAAGCUUUACAUGUUGGCAACAAUUGGUCACACAAACACGAAAUUUGAGUCGAGAUCAUGCCACGUUAUCAGAAAUAUAUUCGACACAUCUUGUGUCACGACUUGCACAAGUUAUGGAGGACGUGCAACGUAUUUACCGACGUUGUCGUGAAAUUGGCUACGAAACACAUGAAGAAAUUUUACGUGUAUUACACGAACUUCACACCACCAUGAAAACAUUUCACAGUUACCACAAUGAAAGUCGACAAGCUGAAACGAAAUUACGUUUGGCUGAAGCGACUCGCGGCAAACUAGAACAAACGACGCCUCCUGAAAAACUACAACGCUCAAAAAAAUAUCGACUGAUUGAAAAGGAAAUAUCGAAACGUAAAAGUAAAUAUAGCGAUGCACAACUGAAAGCUCUGAAAGCGCGAAACGAAUAUUUAUUGUGCUUAGAAGCUUCAAACACAACGAUUCAUAAGUAUUUUGUAGACGAUCUCUCUGAUUUAAUAGACUGUAUGGAUUUUGGUUUUCAUAAUUGUAUAUCGCGUGCAUUAUUGAUGCAUGUGUCCGCUGAAGAAGGUCGACAGAAAUCUGUACAAAAUGGUAUGGAUGCGUUAACAUCUUGCAUCGGAGCACUAGAUUCACGCUUAGAUAAACAACGAUUCUUAGAAAGUAAUCAUCAAGCGUUCAUGAUACCAAAAAAAAUCGAAUUUCAAGGACAACGGACAGAUGACUCUGUUGAACCAGAAAUACAACGGGUUUUACAUCAAGAAAUGGAAACGCGACUGUCACAACUACGUGAACGCGUUACCAACUUACGUGCAGAAUCCGAUGAAGUAUGGAAAACAUUAGAAACAGCUGAAUCAACCUUAUUAGAAAUGUUAACUGCACACGAUUACGAUUGUUCUCAUUAUUUUACUGAAGCACUACAAGCAGCUGGUCAAAGCUCAAGUACGCAUACGCAUACAAGCACGCACUCUGCUACGCACACAUCUCUCUCUAAUACACAUCAUGUUGCUAGUAAUUUGGCUCAAUUAAGUUUAAGUGGAAGCACGGUUGCUGUCAGCUCAAAUCAGAAACCAGAAACAUUAUCAUUGAAACUACGUGCUGAUCGUCAUGAGACUGAAGAAUUUUAUUUAACUAAAUUUCGAGAAUACUUACUUGGUACAACUCGUAUAGCUCGAUUGGAUGCCAAACAAGAAUUUCUACGUCAAUGUUUAGCAGGCAUGGCUGGGGGUUCAACAGCCAUGGAUGGAGGUGGAGGAGGUAUCACAACUGGUGGUGGCCUUGGAGUACUUCAAACCGUUGAUAUAACAAAUAAGCCACGCAGAAAACGAAUUGGUCGUUUACAUAACAAUGGACAACCAAAACUUUUUGGUGGCAGUUUAGAGGAAUAUUUGGAAUCGACAAACCAAGAAAUCCCAUUAAUUAUUAAAUCAUGCAUCAGAGUGAUCAACUUGUAUGGAUUGCACCAUCAAGGUAUUUUUCGAGUGAGUGGCUCCCAAGUGGAAAUCAACAACUUCCGUGAAUGGUUUGAACGUGGUGAAGAUCCGUUGGCUGACAUGACGGACGCAUCCGAUAUAAACAGUGUUGCUGGGGUGCUUAAACUUUAUUUACGUGAAUUACGUGAACCAUUAUUUCCUAUUAUUUAUUUCGAACAUUUUAUGGAAUUGGCACAAUUAGAAUCAAAACAAGAGUUUGUAAUUAAAAUGAGAGAUUUGAUACAAAGUUUACCUCGAACUGUGGUGAUAGUUAUGCGUUAUCUAUUUGCAUUUUUAAAUCAUUUAUCAGAAUACUCAGAUGAAAACAUGAUGGAUCCUUACAAUUUAGCAAUAUGUUUUGGACCAACUUUAGUACCAGUACCAGAUGACAAAGACCAAGUACAAUACCAGAAUCAAGUGAAUGAAUUGAUUAAAAAUAUAAUUAUGUUUAAUGAUGAAAUCUUUCCAAAUGAUGGCGGCAUCCAAUAUGAAAAAUACAUUUCACAAGAACCUGAAGAUAAUGAUGUUGAAGAUUCUCCAUCUGAUCAUGUUCAGGAUGAUGUUGAUUCAGAAGUGUAUCCUUCUGAAGAUGAAUCUGAGAAUAUGGAAGGAACUGUUCAAUUUGAUUUUAUAGCACGUAGCUCACGUGAACUGUCUUUGAAGAAAGGUGAUGUGGUCACUUUAUAUUCACAAGUAUCAAAUGAUUGGUGGCGUGGUGCUAACAAUCAAGGUCAUCAAGGUUUAAUACCAGAUAAAUAUAUAUCAUUAAAAAUGAAAGAUGAUGAUAGAGAUAAACAUGAUCAUCAUCUGAAAUCGAGUUCUAGUGAAGAGUCAAUGCAACAACAACGUAGACGUGCAUCUAGUUCAAAUGAUUCACUUCUAUCAGAAUCAAUAGUUAGUACUACAAGCAGUACUGGACACCAGACAACAACAGGUCUGUCUUUACGUAAUAUUACUGGUACUGGUACUGGUACUACACAAGGACAAGGACAACAAACAGCUACUUGGCCAUCAACAGUCAUCAAUACAUCAUCAUCAGCCACAUAUCAACAUCAACAUCAACAUUACAAUAGUUCUUCUGAAGUUAUCAAACCUAAUGCUAACGCUAAUGCUAAUGCUAAUGCUAAUCGAGAGACUAAACAUCAACAAGACAACAGUAACAAUACAAGUACAAUAACAAUAGGAUCACAAUCACCACGUCUAUGUCUUAAACAACAACAACAACAUACGUCAUCAACAACAAAUGUUAAAUCAACAAUAAUUCAGAACAGUGAACAACAACAACAACAAUAUUCAUCAAACAAGAACAGUAGUAGUGUUACAUUUACAGAUCUAGAUCCAGUGGUGUGUAGUAGCAACAGUGAUCGUGACCGUGACCGAGACCAUCUAAAUGUAACUACAAAUAGUACUACAAGUAGUACAAGUACAAGUACUGUAACAGAUACAGACACGGAUACAGAUACAAAUGAUAUGUUAAUAACAAAUUGUUGUACAUUAUCAAUGGACGAGCAUGAACAUAUCCACGAUGUGGAAUGUAGAAUGAACAUGCUUCAAAGCUCUCUACCUACAAAUGUUGUUGAAUUACGUAAUCAUAAUGCUACCAAUCAUAGUCAUGGUCAUGGUCAUUGGAAGUCACAGAGUGUUAGUGAAAUAUCAACGGAACAACUAAAUGUUAGCUUUAGUCAAAAUCGUGAAUUAUGGCAAAAACGUGCCAGUUCACAAUCGGUUCAGAGUCAGAAGAACAUAAACAGACAUUCGACAGAAAGCUGGAAGCAUCCAAAACAUACACCAGAUUUAGUUAUGGAUCUACCAUUAACUGGUGGAAACUCUAGUCCAAAAGAUUCAACCAAAAAAAUUUUAUCGAAUUCAAUGCAAUCGUUGAGUGAUCUUGACGAUACGACAACAACGACCACGACAACGACACUACGUUCUAUCUCAUGUGGUGUGUCUGAUUCAUUAGAUACAUCUCCACUUCCAACUACACAAGCACCCCAGUUGGGUCCAGAAAGUCCAGACAUGAGUACAGCCGCCGAACGGUUCGCUAAACAGAAUCAAUGUACGCUUAAGAAGAACACAAAAUUACAUCAAGAUGCAAAUGAAAUGGUUCAAACGAUCAAUAUCUCUGAGACAAGAGCAUCACCUUCACCCCCACCACCACCGCUCACCAGCAACACAGGGAGUGUAGUGAGCACAGUGAGUGAGUUUGGGAGCACACCUGGUGGUGGUGGUGGUGGUGCUGCACCAGUGCUUCCAACACGUAGUCCAGUGCCAACUCGUGUCACCCAUAAGUUUGCUGCAAAAUUCGCGGAUAUGCAUUUAACUGGUAGUUUCAAGCCACAAGUAAUGGCAAAACCUGCACAAUUAUUACGUAAACCCGUUAUAUCAUUGCUACCAAAUACUGCUAGCACCGCCACUACUCAACGUGAAUCUUCACCAGAAAUGCAACGUAAAGAUAAGUGAUAAGAUAAGUAAAGGACAAGAAAGACUUAAGAUUUUUAUAGAAAUUCAUUGUGACUGAUUGAC